AUGCGGUGUCCUUCUCUUGCACGGUUGCAGUACCGUGCGGUCUCUGGCUUGGUCAGAUCUCCGGUCCGUCUUCAGUCUCAGAACUUCCUGUCGCAACGCCUGCGAUGCGCGUCGACGGCCGCCCUCCGUUCUGCUCCCGCUUAUCAGUCCGUCCUGAACAGAACGCUGGAGCAGAGAAGGAAUGCCUCCUCGACUGCCGCUGCCGUUCUGGAGGCUGCUGCCGCCACCCCCGACGCCUUGUCCCAGGAGGCCAUUAUCGACAACCUUGACCCCGUCGAGGCGGAACGUCUAUCUCGAGUGAGAAACAUCGGUAUUGCGGCGCACAUCGAUAGUGGAAAGACCACCUGUACGGAACGAGUCCUCUUCUACACGGGUCGUAUCAAGGCCAUCCAUGAAGUUCGUGGUGGUGACAAGGUUGGCGCCAAAAUGGACUCCAUGGAUCUGGAGCGUGAAAAGGGUAUUACUAUCCAGUCGGCGGCUACAUUCUGUGACUGGGUCAAAAAGGAUGCCGAAGGCAAGGAACAGAAAUACCACUUCAACUUGAUCGAUACGCCCGGUCACAUUGAUUUCACCAUUGAGGUGGAAAGAGCCCUCCGUGUCCUGGACGGUGCGGUCAUGAUCCUGUGUGCUGUUUCUGGUGUUCAGUCCCAGACGAUCACUGUCGACCGACAGAUGAGACGUUACAACGUUCCUCGCAUUUCCUUCAUCAACAAAAUGGACCGCAUGGGUGCCAACCCCUUCAAGGCCAUCGAUCAGAUCAACGCCAAGCUCAAGAUCCCCGCUGCCGCGGUCCAGGUGCCCAUUGGUGCCGAGGACGAAUUCGAAGGUGUUGUCGACUUGAUCAACAUGAGGACGUUGGUGAACGUUGGUCCUAGCGGCGAGGAGAUCGCUGAGAAGGCUGAGAUCCCCGAGAAGGUCAAGGGUAUCGUGGAAGAGAGAAGGAAGAUGCUUAUCGAAACCCUUGCGGAUGUUGACGAUGAGAUCGCCGAGCUCUUCCUCAGUGAGCUUGAGCCUACUCCGGACCAGAUGAAGGCUGCUAUCCGCCGUGCCACCAUCGGUCUGAAGUUCACUCCCGUUUUCAUGGGCUCUGCUUUGGCCAACAAGUCGGUGCAGCCCAUGCUGGAUGGUGUUGUUGACUACCUGCCGAACCCGUCCGAGGUGCAAAACCUGGCCCUUGAUAAGAAGCGUGACGAGGCUUCCGUCAAGCUCGUCCCCUACAACUCUCUUCCCUUGGUGGGACUUGCUUUCAAGCUCGAAGAGAGCAACUUUGGUCAGCUGACCUACAUCCGUGUCUACCAGGGAACCUUGCGCAAGGGUUCCAACGUGUUCAACGCACGGAACGACAAGAAGGUCAAAAUUCCUCGUAUUGUUCGUAUGCACUCCAACGAGAUGGAAGACGUCUCCGAGAUCGGCGCUGGUGAAAUCUGUGCUGUCUUCGGUGUCGAAUGCGCCUCUGGUGACACCUUCACUGACGGCCAGCUGGGUUACACCAUGUCGUCCAUGUUCGUUCCCGAGCCCGUCAUUUCGCUCUCUAUCAAGCCCAAGAACAACAAGGACGGUGCCAAGUUCUCCAAGGCCAUGGCUCGUUUCCAGCGAGAGGAUCCCACCUUCCGUGUGACUUAUGACUCCGAGAGUGAACAGACCCUCAUCUCUGGAAUGGGUGAGCUGCAUCUUUCCAUCUACAUCGAGCGUAUGCGUCGUGAGUACGGCGUCGACUGUGAAACCGGUCCUCCUCAGGUGGCUUACCGGGAGACCAUCGGCAACCGUGUCGAGUUCGACCACCUGCUCAAGAAGCAGUCGGGAGGUCCUGGUGACUAUGCCCGUGUGGUCGGAUGGAUGGAGCCCUCGGAGAAACUCGAGGAAAACAGCUUCGAAGAACAGGUUGUUGGUGGAAGUAUCUCCGAGAAGUUCUUGUUCGCCUGCGAGAAAGGUUUCCACCUGUCUUGCGACAAGGGUCCCCUCAUCGGUCACAAGGUGCUUGGAACUCGCAUGGUCAUCAACGAUGGUGCUACCCACAUGACGGAUUCGUCCGAAAUGUCCUUCAAGAACGCUACCCAGCAAGCUUUCCGUAAGGCGUUCAUGGAGAGUGCCCCCUCGGUCCUUGAACCCAUGAUGAAGACCGUUGUUACCGCGCCCGCCGAGUUCCAGGGUGACGUGAUCUCGCUCCUGAACAAGCGUAAUGCCACCAUCAAUGACUCUGAAGUUGGUGUCGACGAGUUCACCGUGUUCGCCGACUGCAGCUUGAACGGCAUGUUCGGUUUCAGUAGUCACCUCCGUGCUUCCACCCAGGGUAAGGGUGAAUACUCCAUGGAGUUCAGCCACUACGAGAAGGCUCAGCCUCAGCUCCAGAAGGAACUCAUCCAGAAGUACCUGAAGGCCCAGGCCGACCGCCACAAGAAAUAA